AUCUUGAAGAUCUAUUCUAAUAUUUGUACCCCAUUUGUUUCUCUCAUCCAUUUCAUGAACCCCAGUUUCAUGUUAGCAUUCCUACCUCUAAACCAGGAUUUCUGGGUUCAAGUCCCACCUGUUCCAAAGAUGUGUAGUAUCAUCUCUGAAACAGGUUGAUUACAAAAUACCCUAGAUAGUUUAUUUCCAGUGCCUGGGCUAGAGGGAAGGUGUUUGACGCUAAAUGAUAUUUGGCUUUGAGAAUAAUUCUUAGAAUGCCAUUUUCAAGACCUUACUCAAAGUUGUCUUUUAAUUGCUGGAAUGUCCUUAAUUUUUAAAAAUUUGUUCAAAUCCUACACACUUGUUUUCCAAAAUAUUUUACACCGGCCCCAAGGAGACAACAGCACCUAAGGCUUUCUGCCAUAGGUGUAAAGUUGUCUUUACUCUCGACAAAUUUUUUGCCCUCUUUGAUAGUUAGACAACACUAAUUGUGGGACUACAGAUCAUAGGUCUGGUUCUGUCGUCACACCAGAACCAUAUACAGUAGUAGUGUACUGAUAUAAAACCGAUUGCACAGGGAUCAGGUCCUUCGUUCGGUACUUCACCCUUCCUGGUGAUAUAAAGGUUCUCUCUGCUGUUUGACAAAUGAGGAUGUCAGUCAUUGCCAUGAUUGCUGGCCUCUGUUAACGCUGUGGUUUCUAGGGUGACAGUUUCCGUGGGGACUCGUUAAGCUGUCGCACCAAUUCCUCCCUCCCGAACUCUGACCUCCCUUCCCCCCCCCCCGGCUUUUGUUCGGUUGCUCGCUUCAAUCUUCCAGCCAGGAUUCGGCGGAAAAAAAAAAUAGAAUUUAAAUUAGAAAUCCGUUAAAUUAGCUGGCCGCCGCUGUCGACGACAAUGCCGUUGGUCGCGUGCAAAAGGUCGUCUCCCCUCCGCCAGCCCGAUUGGGAUGCUACUCUGGUGAAACGGUGUUUCCAGGGCAGACGUUAAUUAGAGGGAAAUAAACCAAUUUUUUUAAACAUUUGAGAGAUCAUGGAGGAGAAGAGAGCUGCUUCUGUAGAUUUCGUCAAGGAUUUCCAGGAGUAUCUCACUCAACAAACCCAACAUGUGAACAUGAUAUCUGGCUCUGUUGGUGUGGAGAAGGACCCAGAAUCUCUACAAACUGGAUCAGAAAAUGAUCAAAAUGGAAUGCAUCAUGCUUCAGUUGAAGUUUCAUUGGAUGAUGGCUCUGGGCUUAUGGCUGAUGGGCUUGAAAGAACAUAUGAUGGAAAACUAAAGUGCCGAUACUGCAACUAUGCUAGUAAAGGGACUGCACGUCUGAUGGAGCAUAUCAGAAUGCACACAGGUGAGAAGCCCCACAGAUGUCACCUAUGCCCGUUUGCUUCAGCGUAUGAGCGGCACCUCGAAGCACACAUGCGCUCACACACAGGUGAAAAACCGUACAAAUGUGAGCUUUGCUCUUUCUGCUGCAGUGAUCGAAGUAACCUGUCCCAUCACCGUAGACGUAGGCACAAACUUCUUCCCUUGAAAGCUGCUAGGACCUGCCUGACCAAUAAGAAAAUGUUGGGCAUUUUGCAGAAAAAAACUAACAACUCCCUGAGUUAUGGGACAAGACUUCUGAUUAAUCUAAGUCCUUCUUCCAUGAUGAUACCGAAGCCAGAUUACCUCAAUGACUUUUCUCAUGAUAUGUCAGCUAACUCCUAUGAGGGUUUGCAAAAAGUACAGUCUGUUGGGAUCUCAAGGGACAUGCAAGAUAUUAUGGUGGAUAAUCCAUUAAACCAGCUUUCUACCUUAGCAGGCCAAUUGUCCAGCAUUCCACCUGAAAAUCAAGCUCCAGCAUCUCCUGAGGUGGUAGCCUGCAGGGAUGAAAAACCAUAUGUGAUUUCACAGUCUACAGCUCCAGUCGUUUCCACGGUAGCUUCCAGUGUCGCCCAAAGCUCAUCUCCUAUCAGUCCAGAUGCAUGUCCCAUGCAAAAUCAGCGGAACUUCAGUCCUGUGGCUGGCCCCAGUAGUGAGCAUAGUGCUCAUACAAGUACACCCAGCGUGACGAACAGCCAGCCUAGCACCCCUGCUCCUGCACUUCAGGUCCAGGAUCCCCAACUUCUGCAUCAUUGCCAACACUGUGACAUGUAUUUUGCAGACAAUAUCCUUUACACUAUUCAUAUGGGGUGCCAUGGUUACAAGAACCCAUUCCAAUGUAACAUAUGUGGAUGUAAAUGUAGAGACAAAUAUGACUUUGCUUGUCAUUUUGCUCGGGGUCAACAUAAGCAGAAUUAACAUUACAGCACCUAAUUAAGAGCUGGUAUUCAAUUUCAAUACGUAUUAGACUAAUGUUGCUUCAUAUUGAGAAUAUUAAACAUGUAAUAAGAGGGAAUGAUUUACUUGCCUCACUUCUUUUUCCUUUUGUGGAUACUUUAAAAUGCUUUUUAAGUCUUUUGAAGUUAUGAUCUAGAAUUAGACCACUUCAAAGCAUAUUGGUUUGCAGCACAAUUUGAUAUAUCUCCUACAGUGUAAAUUCAGCAAUUGCAUCACUUCUUAUCUCCAUGAAGACUUCAGUGAUCUGAGUGAACCAUGGCUUAUACUUGAAUAUCAAGUGCUGAUCUUGACAAGUAUCUGUCACUAGUGAGAGAAGAACAUUACUGCAGAAAUAACAAAAAAGCUGUCAACUUCAAUUACUGCCCCAAUAUAUUUUUUUAUAUUCUACAGUAUGUUAAAUAGGGCAUUUAGCUGUAUAAAUUAUAUUAUUUGAAUGCAUUUUUGUAGAUUAAACUUCCUUUCUGCAUUAAAAAUACUGAGACAAAAAGUUUUAUGUUUUGACAUGAACAACAAAAGGUUUAUCAAGAAAUUAAUAAAUAAAUUCUUUGUCAAAUGUAUAAAAAUAGCCCACUAGAUCUGGUAAGCAUUCACAUUUUAUUAUUCAACAGUUAACAGCUUUCCAUUGUAAAGUCAAAUUUAUCUGCUUCAAGUCUGUCAAACUAAGCAGUUGUCCCUUAAAAUCUUCAGACAUGUCUCUAUGCCAGUUCUGAGGAUCAAAGAAACAUUUCUGCAUCAAAGGUACAAAAAUGUAAAAUGCUUUAGUAAUGGUUUGCAUUUCCAAAAUUACUAAAUCUGUCUAGCUCUAAUUACUAUAUCUAUAUUUAAUAACAGUCUUUAUUUUACAAGUGGGAUGAUGUGACAACAGCAAAACCGUUCAUAUCGUGGUCUACGUUAGGACAAUUCUCAUCUUUUUACUUAAAUACAGAGGCAUGAACUCAAAAAAGUUGUCCAAUAAUAACCUUUAUUUAUUGGAUCAAUAUAAAGUCAACACAUUUAGUACUGAUGAAAUAGAGACCUUAAACAAUUUUGUUAUUUUAAUGAACUAAACUCUUUGACUUCUUACAGCAGAAUUAUUUAUUGAGUUCGAUGAUUUCUUGAUAUGUUCCACUUUUUAAUCACUUCCAGUAUGUGAGAUCAUGAGCCUUUGAGCCAUCAUAUAGACAAAUCCCCCUUCUCACGUAUGUGCAUCAGCUCAAUCUGCUUAUUGAUCUCUGGGCAUUUCACAUGCUAUAAGAGUUAAGCUAGAAUUUGGAUCAGACCUUUCUUAUCUUGUGCGUUUCUCAAACUCCAGAAUUUGCUUGUCCCUGAAUUAUAGCUCCCUUCAUAGAUAUGUUGGCACUUAAUUUUCUCUCUCAGGAUUCUAAUUCUAGCUUUUAACUUCCAGCACUGAAUGUCCUUUGUU